CUUAAAAGUAGCCCACGCUCUGUAACACUACACAUACUAACAAGGCCACCACUCACCACAGCACUUCUCUUCUCUUCUCUUGUCAUAGCUUGUACGAGGAAGAAGGAGAUCGAUGGAGGGGGAAAAAAGAGCGGCUGCUGUUGCCGCCAUGUGCAUGCUCCUCCUCCUCACGCUGGCAAAGCCAUCCCACCAGCAGCUAUCCGAUGCCGUCUGCGAGUGCUACCGGCAGUGCUACGCCGGGUGCAAGGCCAUCACCUUGCCGCGAGUCUGCAAGGUCGAGUGCGCCGGUGGCUGCGGUGGAGCUAACGGCAACAACAAGGUUGGAUCCUGCAUGAUCGCCUGCGGCAUGGACCCCGUUUGCGGCCUGUCAACGGCCGCCAUCGAUCGAGCUGGCGCUGUGGCUUGUAACAAUGAGUGCGAAAAGAGGUGGGGUGGCCAUGGUCACGCCAACUAACAAAGAUUUGAAGGGCUUGUUCAUCUUUAAAUAAGUAAUAAAGAUUGGAAGAGCAGGUCGAUCAUGGUAUGUUAUGAACAUAUUAUGUCAACCACU